AUGCCCCCUGCACCUUGCGUGCGGUGUCAGAAUAACCGAGCUGUUGUCAAGCGGCCCAAGAAUCAUCACAAACUAUGCCGAGACUGUUUUCUUGCGGUUUUCGAAGAUGAGGUCCAUCACACAAUUACAUCUUCCAAGCUCUUCUUCCCAGGCGAACGGGUUGCUAUCGGCGCAUCAGGUGGCAAAGACUCGACAGUUUUGGCGUCAGUGAUGAAAACUUUGAACGAACGACACAAGUAUGGGCUGAACCUGGUGUUGUUGAGUGUCGAUGAAGGAAUCAAAGGAUACCGAGAUGACUCACUCGAGACUGUGAAGCGAAAUGCCGUUCAAUACGACAUGCCCCUAGAAAUUGUGGGAUACGACCAACUUUACGGAUGGACUAUGGACCAAGUUGUCGAGACUAUCGGCAAGAAAGGAAAUUGCACUUAUUGCGGUGUGUUUCGACGGCAGGCCCUGGACCGUGGCGCAAAGCAGCUGGCCAUCAAGCAUGUUGUGACGGGACACAACGCCGAUGAUAUUGCAGAAACGGUACUCAUGAACCUUCUUCGUGGCGAUCUACCCAGGUUGGCUCGAAGUACGAGUAUCGUUACUGGCAAUUCAAGCAGUGAGGUGAAGAGAAGCAAGCCCCUGAAAUAUGCGUACGAGAAGGAGAUUGUGCUGUACGCCCACCACAAGAAAUUGGACUACUUCAGCACCGAAUGCAUCUACAGCCCGGAAGCAUUUCGAGGGACUGCACGAGGGUUGAUCAAGAAUCUGGAGAGAGUUCGACCAAGUGCAAUCCUAGAUAUUGUCAGAAGUGGAGAGGACAUGGCCCGACUUACACCAGACAAGGAUCAAGGGGCGUGCGCCUGCGAUGAAGGCGAGGGUAUGGGAGGAUGCGGUUCUGCCAACGGUCGCACCUCCGGCAAUGAAAUGGCGCAGGUGGAAGCGACUAUCAAGAGCCAGACCAAGUCCGUCCCCCUCGAGACUGAGAUUACAUCGAAUGGAACACCCAAGCCGGAGGACUCUGUCGCGUUGCCCAUUCGCAGCCGGCGGCAGAAGGAGACUGCUUCUGGUCCAAUGCAAACACUAGGGCAGUGUAUCAAGUGCGGAUACAUGUCAAGUCAAGCCAUGUGCCAGGCAUGUACACUAUUAGAGACGCUCAACAAGAACAGGGCGGAGAUAGCAAUAUAA